GCUUCUGGUGAUUCAAUGACUUCCAUGAGCUACCAAUAUCUCCUCGGACUAACCACAGUUAGCAAUAUUAUUUCAGAAACUUGUGAUGCAUUGUGGUCUGUUCUUUCUAAACAUGUUCUUCCAUAUCCUUUAACAAAAGAGAAAUGGUUAAAUAUUUCUAAAGAGUUCGAAGAGGUAUGGAAUUUUAAUCAUUGUAUAGGAGCUAUUGAUGGUAAACAUGUUGUUAUUCAAUGUCCUGAAAAUGCAGGAUCAUCAUAUUUUAAUUAUAAAAACAGUCACAGUUUUGUUUUGCUUGCUGUUUGUGAUGCAAACUAUAUUUUUACUUUUGUGGAUAUUGGAGCCUAUGGACGUCGCAGUGAUGGUGGAAUAUUUAGAGACUCCUUUCUUGGCCAAAAAUUCAGAACCAAUGAAAUGAAUGUACCUGAUCCAAAACCAUUUUAUUUCGAAGGAAACUCUAUGCCUUACGUGCUAGUUGGAGACGAAGCUUUUCCACUUACUGAGUAUUUAAUGAGGCCUUUCCAGGAAAACAAGGUUUGAAUCAGGACAAAAUUAUUUACAAUUAUCGUCUUAGUCGAGCAAGGAGGACCAUUGAAAAUGCUUUUGGCAUUUUAUCAAGUCAAUGGAGAAUUUUAAGAAGACCAAUAAAUUGUUCAAUUGAAACAGCAAUGAAAAUAGUACAAGCUAUUGUGUGUCUUCAUAAUUAUAUUCGUAUACAAGAUAUUGGAGUCAAUGAAUAUAUCACUGAAAACAUGGUUGAUCGAGAUGGUUGCGAUGGUUUAAUAGAAGGUUCCUGGAGGAGAAAU